UCGCCUCGAACACUCCCUUCACUCACGUAGCGUCAUUCACUGCUUGGCAAAAGUGUUCUGCGCUCGUUUUACCUCAUCCUACACGAUGGUUCUCCUCGUGAAGAAAAGAGCUCUGUUGGCAUCCCUGUCCAGACGAGCUGUCAUCUCCCGUUGCCUUGGCUCCUCCAGCAUCCAAGAACAGCUGGCAGUCCCCCUCGAAGAAGAAAUACGGGAUGCCAAGCCCAUUUCUGAAAUUCCUGGACCUAAAUCUUAUCCUGUGGUUGGUUCUCUGUUAACCAUUAUGAAGGGACAUCAGUUCGACAAGAUGGCGGCUCACAAAUUCUACCUCCACAUGCGCGACACUCACGGCCACAUCUAUCGCAUGACCGUCCCCAUCGCCGGCAACUUCACGGUCGUCUCCAACCCCGACGACUGCGAGAAGCUACUACGCGUCACCAUGCACAAUCCUCAGCGCUUGCCUUUGGAUUCCAUUAAGGCGGUGAGAGAAGAGACGGUCGACGGCUUCUUCAAGGAAAACACGGGGCUCUUGCUCGAGAACGGAGAGAAGUGGUGGCGCGUGAGGAGCAAAGUCCAAACCCCGAUGAUGAAACCGAAGAUGGUGGGGGCCUAUCUCCAACAGAUGGACGAGGUGUCCAGAGAAUUCACAGAUAGGAUAGCACAGCUGCAGGAGGAACACGGUGAAAUGCCGAGUGACUUCCAGUUCGAAUUAUAUAAGUGGGCGCUUGAAUCCGUGAGUCUGGUGGCUCUGAACCGCCGUAUGGGAUGCCUCAAUCCGGACGUGGCCCAGGAUUCCGAAACGGUCCGGUUGAUAGGGAUUGUCAAUGGCAUUUUCCAGGCAUUGAACGACCUGGAAAUGGGGUCGAUGCUCUGGAGGCUCGUCCGCACGCCCACGUACAACACUCUCAAAAGGAGACAUGGCGAAUUCUUAGAGAUUGCGAUGCGAAACAUCCAGGAGACAGAGGCCGCUAUUUUGGCCGAGGAUCCUGAAAACGAGCGCGAAUUGUCCCUGAUGGAAACGCUUCUGCUGACGGAGGGACUGACAAGGAAAGACGUCCUGACGCUUAUUCUCGAUAUGCUCACUGCAGGCAUCGACACGACCUCCCACACGCUAGGCUUCGCGCUGUAUCUCUUGGCACGCAACCCCCAAGCACAGGCAAAGUUGCAUGAGGAAUUAGACACAGUCCUUGGUGACCAUCAGGGCCCGCUGCUCCCGAAACACAUGGCGCAGUUGUCAUACUUAAAGGCCGUGAUUCGAGAAACCUUAAGGAUCUUCCCAAUUGCUAUUGCCAUGGUAAGGAUUCUGGACCAAGACGCCGUUCUAGGAGGAUACGUUCUUCCUAAAGGGGAAAAGGUGAUAUACCCGAACAUGAUCGCCGCCUGGGAUGAACAUUACUUCCCGCGAGCCAAGGAGUUCAUCCCGGACAGGUGGCUGCGCGGGCGGCCUCUGGGACCCAUCCACCCGUACGCCUCCCUCCCCUUCGGCGCCGGCACCAGGAUGUGCAUCGGCAGGAGGAUCGCGGAGCAGGAGAUGUACACUUUCUUGGCGAGGGUCAUGCAACGCUUCACAAUAGACUACAAGUAUGAAGACGUAGACAUCAGAACCCGCCUUGUCUGCAUGCCCUCGCAGCCUCUCAGAUUCAGCUUCACUGAGCGCAGAUAAGACGAAUAUUUGACGGAAAACAGCGCAUCGGCAACCCUCUGUGAAGGAGCAUAAGCCACGUACAACCCAAGCAGAGAUAGCCAGGAAGAAAUAUGCUUGGGAGUUGAACCGCCGGUGAACUUAUGUGUCCAUGGAGAGGGAGGGAGGAGGAGAGAGAGAGAGAGAGAGAGAGAGAGAGAGAGAGAGAGAGAGAGAGAGAGAG